AUGGAAACAGAGGUUGCAUGUUGGAUGCAUACGGGAGAGAGGCAAGCAGCAAAAAUGAGGAGAGCUUAUCUCCGGUCAAUGUUAAGUCAAGACAUAAGCUUAUUUGAUGCUGAAGCUUCCACCGGAGAAGUCAUAUCCGCCAUAACCUCCGACAUCCUCGUCAUCCAAGAGGCACUCUCCGAGAAGGUAGGGAACUUCUUGCACUAUAUGAGCCGGUUCAUAGCCGGUUUUGCAAUCGGAUUCACAAGCGUAUGGCAAAUAAGUCUUGUUACUCUGGCAAUACUCCCUCUCAUUGCUCUAGCUGGCGGCCUUUAUGCGUUUGUCGCCAUCGGACUUAUUCACCGAGUCCGAAAAUCAUACAUCAAGGCCGGUGAGGUUGCACAAGAGGUGAUCGGUAAUGUGAGGACCGUACAAGCAUUUACUGGUGAAGAAAGGGCGACAAAACUAUACCGGAGAGCUCUCAAGAAAACAUACAAAUACGGAAGAAAAGCCGGUUUAAUCAAAGGACUAGGUCUUGGUUCGUUGCACUGUGUCUUGUUCCUAUCAUGGGCCUUGCUUGUCUGGUUCACAAGCGUUGUGGUCCACAAGGGUAUCGCCAAUGCUGGCGAGUCAUUCACUACCAUGCUCAACGUUGUCAUCGCUGGCCUGUCACUUGGACAGGCAGCACCGGAUGUUUCGGCCUUUGUACGAGCCAAAGCUGCUGCGUAUCCAAUUUUUCAGAUGAUUGAACGUGACACAACGGCUAAAACAAACGCAAAAUCUGGCCGUAAACUCGACAAAGUAGACGGGAACAUUCAAUUCAAGGACGUGACAUUUAGUUACCCAUCUCGCCUUGAUGUGGUGAUCUUUGACAAGCUAAACCUAACCAUCCCUGCAGGGAAAACCGUGGCACUUGUUGGAGGAAGCGGGUCAGGGAAGAGCACGAUCAUAUCCUUGAUAGAGAGGUUCUACGAGCCCACUUCCGGAGCUGUGUUGCUAGACGGGAACGAUAUCAAAGAGCUGGAUAUUAAGUGGUUAAGGGGACACAUUGGUUUGGUUAAUCAAGAACCAGUUCUGUUUGGUACAACGAUCCGCGAGAACAUAAUGUAUGGCAAAGAUGAUGCAACUGAUGAGGAGAUUGUCCGUGCUGCAAAGCUAUCAGAAGCCUUUUCAUUUAUCAACAACCUUCCUGAAGGAUUUGAGACUCAAGUUGGAGAGAGGGGAAUUCAACUUUCAGGUGGACAGAAACAGAGGAUUGCGAUAUCAAGAGCAAUUGUAAAGAAUCCAUCGAUACUUUUACUCGAUGAGGCGACAAGUGCUCUAGAUGCAGAGUCAGAGAAGAGCGUGCAAGAAGCGUUGGACCGAGUGAUGGUUGGAAGAACAACAGUAGUGGUGGCUCACAGACUUUCAACUGUAAGAAAUGCUGAUGUAAUAGCAGUUGUUCACGAAGGGAAGAUCGUAGAGUUUGGAAAUCACGAGAAUCUUAUAUCCAAUCCCGAUGGAGCCUACUCUGCUCUCCUUCGUCUCCAAGAAGCUGCCUCCUCGGAGCAUAACCCUUCCUUGGAUCGCACGUUAAGCAGUAUACAACACUCGAGGGAGCUAUCAAGAACUAGCCUCUGCUCGGAGAGGGAAUCAGUCACUCAAGAGGAUGACGCAGAUUCAUCCAAAGAAGCUAAAGUAACGAUGAGACGUCUUUACUCUAUGAUCCGCCCGGACUGGUUGUAUGCCAUUUGUGGCACAUUGUGUGCCUUUAUUGCUGGAUCUCUGAUGCCGCUUUUCGCGCUUGGAGUCUCACACUCAUUAGUUUCCUAUUACGAGAAGGGUUGGGACACCACUCAAAACGACGUCAAGAAGAUCGCUAUCCUCUUCUGCUUUGCUUCAGCCAUCACUCUCAUUGUCUACACUAUUGAGCAUCUUUGCUUUGGUAUUAUGGGCGAGCGUCUCACUCUCCGUGUCCGAGAAAAGAUGUUCUUAGCGAUCUUGAAGAACGAAAUGGGAUGGUUUGAUGAGGUGGACAACACGAGCUCCAUGUUAGCGUCACGGCUUGAGAGCGACGCAACUUUGCUUAAGACCAUAGUUGUCGAUAGGUCAACGAUUCUACUACAGAACUUAGGUCUCGUUGUGACCUCUUUCGUUAUUUCUUUCAUGCUCAAUUGGCGUCUUACUCUUGUUGUCUUGGCCACGUACCCAUUGGUUAUAAGCGGCCAUAUCAGCGAGAAACUUUUUAUGCAAGGGUAUGGAGGAAACUUGAGCAAAGCGUAUUUGAAGGCUAACAUGUUGGCCGGAGAGUCUGUUAGCAACAUCCGCACGGUCGCUGCCUUCUGUGCUGAGGAGAAGGUUCUAGAACUUUACUCAAAAGAGCUUUUAGAACGUUCUAAACGUUCUUUCAGGCGUGGACAAAUAGCUGGACUUUUUUAUGGCAUCUCUCAGUUCUUCAUUUUCUCCUCAUAUGGCCUAGCUCUUUGGUACGGAUCAACUUUGAUGGAUAAAAAAAUAUCAAGCUUUAAAUCAGUGAUGAUGACAUUCAUGGUUUUGAUCGUGACGGCUUUAGCAAUGGGUGAAACAUUGGCUCUAGCUCCUGAUCUGCUGAAAGGAAACCAGAUGCUUGCGUCCGUAUUUGAGAUCUUGGACCGUGAAUCACAGCUUGUUGUGGAAACCAGCGAGGCGCUGACUAACGUGGAAGGCACGGUUGAGCUCAAAGGCGUCCACUUCAGCUACCCUUCAAGACCACAUGUUGUAAUUUUCAAGGACUUUGAUCUGAUAGUUCGGUCCGGACAGAGCAUGGCGCUUGUCGGACAGAGCGGGUCCGGGAAAAGUUCGGUCGUUUCACUUAUUCUCCGGUUCUAUGACCCAACCGCAGGAACAAUCAUGAUAGAAGGAAAAGACAUCAAGAAACUAGAUUUGAAAGCACUGAGGAAACACAUUGGUCUGGUUCAACAAGAACCAGCGCUUUUCGCAACGACAAUCUACGAGAACAUUCUGUACGGAAACGAAGAAGCUUCACAUUCUGACGUCAUAGAGUCAGCUAUGUUCGCAAACGCUCACAGCUUCAUCACCUCUCUCCCUGAAGGUUACAAUACCAAAGUAGGUGAACGAGGCGUUCAGAUGUCAGGUGGUCAGCGACAGAGGAUCGCUAUCGCUAGAGCCAUCCUCAGGAAUCCAGAGAUUCUCCUCCUUGAUGAAGCCACAAGUGCUUUGGACACUGAAUCUGAGCGUGUAGUGCAGCAAGCAUUGGAUCGGUUAAUUACAAACCGAACAACGUUGGUGAUUGCUCACCGGUUAUCAACGAUCAAGAACGCGGACACAAUAAGUGUAUUACAUGGAGGAAAAAUAGUACAGCAAGGCAACCACCGUAGGCUCGUUCUGAACAAGGUUGGUCCGUAUUUUAAACUCUUCAGUCUUCAGCAGAAGCCAGAUAAAGAAAAAAUUGAUUAUUAA